AAACAAGAAGACCAAAAAUAAAAGAAGAAUACAUAUAUAUAUAUAUUUUUAAAAGAAUAUAUAUAUAUAAAUAUAUCGAGCAAUGGACACGAUCACUCAUAGGUCCAGGCCGAUCUUGCUUCUUCUCGGCUUAUUAUGUUUUUUAUGCAUUACACCCGUAUCAGCUCUCUAUAAGUCACAGGCCGGUGUAUUCGACUGGCAUCAGAGUUGGAUUGGAAAGACGCGUUGGUCAUCCAAACUCGACUCAUCUCACAUCACUGUUGUUACUGAACGCAAUGUAGUGGCAUCAUUGAACAUCGAUAAUGGCGAGUUGGAAUGGCGCCAAGUAUUGGAAGAGACUAUUACCCACGCCAAGAUUACCAAUGGUGGUAUCCUUACAUUGACUGAUGAGGCUGGACAUGCCCAAUACUGGGAUCGUACUACUGGAACAUUAGUGUGGGAGCGUUAUGCUGGUCAAGGUGGUCAACCCGGUCAAUUCAAUAUCAUUGUUUUGGAGGAUGAUCAUGUAGCUUUGUUUGAUGGAAAGACACUUGUCAAGCUAUCUGAUAAUGCAAAAGACUUGUGGACUUGGGAAUUAGAAAAUGGUACCGGAAACGUCCUUGCUCUUCACUCUUUAGCCGAAACACUUUUUGUUAUUACAUACGACGGAACAUCCACUAUUUACUCCACAGCUUUAAAUGCGGCUACAGGAGAGGUCUUGACAACUACACAGAUCCCUUGCCGUGUCAAGGCUGAUGAGAUCUCUGUCAUUGGAAACUACAUUAUGUGGAUUGAUCAUGAUGAUAUUAAAUGGAAUGAAAUCGGUACUUCUACAGUGGCUAUUACAACCGCAAAGGAACUUGUUGGUUCUAUUGACUCUUUUGAAGUUGCCUCUCUCGAGUCUCUUCAUUUGAUUCCUUCCGCUUGCAAGCCUGGAUUAGAGACCUUUGUGUUCGGUGCAGAAAUUGAAUUAGAUGAACUUAUUGGUGCCACUGCUGCUGCAUUCCGUAUUUCUGCUGACGGUAGCUCUUUGGAAUUGGUCAAGAACCUAGGUGUUCGCAAAUCAUUCGAUGAUGUUGAUGUUUCAGAUUCAUAUGUUGCCGUAUUCUCCACAACUUCAAAAGAUACAUUUGCUGUUGAUGUCUUGAACAACGAUCCUUCUAUCGGAACCCACCAGAUUCACAUCUACCACGAUUUUACUUUGACUGGUGAUAUUGCUCACGCCAAGAUUCUCGAUCUUUCCGAUUUCCGCAUCUUUAUUGUGACCGCAAGUGGCUCUACUUUUGUUUAUAGCAAAGAUGGUAUUGUCUGGUCGCGUGAAGAAGCAAUGGCCCAUGCGAUUGAUUCAGAAUUCCUUGAUUUACCUGAGAAGCAGCGCUGGACACAAAUGGCCGAUGAGAUUUCAGAGACUCCUGAGGAACAGGCAGUUGUUGGACCGGUCACUCGCUAUAUCCGCCGUUUGACUACCCAUGUUGCCGAGCUUCGCAAGGUUCCCUCCUGGGCCAUUGAGCGAGUCAUGGGUGUCGUUAGCCCACCAGCUCAACAAAAAGCCAAUCCUGCUGCAGUUCUGGCUGCCCAAUCUUGCUGGACAAACCAAUCAUACCACCAGCAACAGAAAACUAAUGAGGAUGACGAUCUUUAUCGCGACAACUUUGGCUUCCGCAAACUGUUGUUGUCUGUCACAAAUACCGGAAAGGUCAUUGCUCAGGAUUCGGCUAAUAAAGGUGCAAUUAUCUGGAGCAGAUACUUUGCUGAUGUCGAAUUUGAUCAUGUAUUUGUGGUUCGCAACUCUGCUGUAAAGUUCCCACCCUUGAUUGUGGCAAUCGGUCACCAGAAUGAUGGUGGUUAUAUCUACAACCACUUUUACCGUCUCAAUGCGAUUACUGGAGAGGAUUAUGUAUCCCAGAUUCCAGAGGCAGAAGAAUUCUUUGAAUCGGUGUUGAUCACCGAAGCUGGUGUGGACAAGGUUAUGCGCUUGCCGGUUGAAGAUCCUGAAGAGCAUACACAGGUGCUGGCGAUCUACGAGGCUGGUACUAGCCGCAUCUACAUCUACCCCGAUACCACUGGCUCGCGUGAGGCUUUCACAAAGUUUAUUCCCAAUUUUUACUUCACUCAUCAAAAGUCAAAGCAAGGCGGAGAGUUCCGUGGUUACCAGAUUGUUGAAGGAUAUCGUGGAAGCCUUACCGCAUCCGCCGUCUGGACACUUGGAUUCCCUGCUGAAGAAAAGGUUGUUGCUCUUGCAAGCCGUCAACCGGACGAAAAGGUUGCUUCCUUGGGUCGUUCGUUGGGCAACCGCAAUGUGCUUUAUAAAUAUCUCAAUCCUCACAUGUUCACCGUCAUCACCGCAAUUCCUGAAACCGAAACACUUUUGGUUCGUGUUGUUGAUGCAGUCAAAGGAUCGAUUCUUUAUGAGGCCGUUCAUCAAAAUGCCGACACUAUUCACAACGAAGUUCAUGUAGUCCAGAGUGAAAACUGGGUUGUUUACCACUACUGGAGCAACGGUCCUCUGACAAACGGUUACGUUGCCGUAGUUAUGGAGCUUUACGAGGGAGAAAAGGAAAACGAACGUGUAGUGAGUACCGAGUUUUCUUCCUUUGAAGAUAUCAAGCCCUACGUUCAGUCUUCUGCAUUUACAUUCCCUUAUCCUGUUCGUACGAUGGGUGUUACUACCACAAGACUUGGUGUAUCUAACCGUGAAAUCAUCUUCGGUCUGGAAUCUGAUCAGAUCUUGGGUGUUACCAAGCGACUUUUGGACCCUCGUCGUCCUAUGGAUAAACCUAGCAAGGAUGAUACUGAGGAAGGCUUGAUGCCCUACGCUCCAAUUCCUGAUGAGCGCCGUUCAUUCUUAUCAUAUAACGAACAGGUUGCUGGUAUAAAUCAUAUCAUUACUUCUCCUGCUCUUCUUGAGUCGACUUCACUUGUAUUCGCGUAUGGUCUCGAUACAUUCUACACUCGUUCAUCACCUAGCAAGCAAUUUGAUGUCUUGAGUGAGGAUUUCUCCAAGUCUCAGCUUCUGUUAACCAUCGUAGGUCUUAUUGUAGGAAUCAUGGUAGCAGGCCCAAUGGUCCGUAGAAAACGUACAAAUGGCUUGUGGAAAUAAAUAAACUCUCCACCCAAGAAUAAAAUAAAAUAAAAUAUAACAAAUAUAUAUACAUAUUUAUAUAUGUAUACAUAUAUAAUUCAAAACUAGGUGUAAUAUUAUUCUUCGAUUUUAAUAAAACUUUAGAGUGUAAAG